AUGGUAAGGUCACAAGGACAGACGUGGUGGUGUUCAGUUCACCUGCUCGACUUCACUUCCCACUGAGCAACACGGAAAUGAAGACGCUGAUAAAAAACAGGAGCUGCUCACUGGCUGAACUCUUCAGAAAACCAUGAGCAGCAGCCAUGGGCAACAGAGUCACCAAUACCUUGGAUAAGUGGGGUUUAAAUCCAAGGAAGUUGAGUCUAAAGCGGUCAACGAGGAAAGCUCCACCUGCAGCUUCACGUCAUCAGAGCCUCGAUCCCCACAUAUACGACAACGUGCCGGUCGAACCCGAGUAUGCCCAAGUGAGGAAGAAGAAGACGACGAGGAAUGAUUCUGAUGAAUUGCACUAUGCGGAAAUUCAGGUGCUGCAGUCUGAAAGCUCGAGCAAGCAGAAGACCCCGCCGCCCAAAGACUCAAGCACAGAAUAUGCGACCAUAGACUUUCUGAGGGGCAUGAAAACGAAAGAGACUGCAAAGCCUGCGGAUUUACUUAUUCCACCUGGAGAGCUUCAGGGACUGAUGGUUAAGUCUAAAAAGAAGAAGAGAGCUUCCUCGCAUCGGGUCAUGGUUUGAAUAAAUGAUAUAUAAAAUAUAUAUAUAUAUAUAUAUAUAUAUAUAUUAUAAUGAGUAUGUGCAUAGGUGUGUGUAUAUGUAUGUUUGUAAUGUUUGUAACUCAGGAUGAUUUUCCUUUUAAAGAAAGAUCAAAUGUAUGCUAUGCUUGUUGCACAUUAAUCCUAAUGAAGUGUUUCCAAGCCUCAAAGCACACCAAAAAAAUGUGAAGUAACAAAAGCAGCGUGAUGCUCGUUCUCGCGGUCAGUUGAUUUCAUAGUAACAGUUGUGGAUGUCUACUGAUCCUAUCUAUUAUUCUAUACUUCUUUUGCAUAAUAUAUUCAGCUCUUUUCACGCUGAAACCCAUAGUUGCAGUCAUCUAAUCUGUGUUCUUGGUUUUGCUCUUGUUGAUGGGACACAGCUGGGUUAAAUGGGCUAGCAGGGCUAAGCCUCUGUUUCCUCAAUGAUAAAAAGACAUCAGUAAGAUUUCAAUUUUGGUGUCCAUGACAGAUGAUUUGUCAUUAACAAAUGUUUUAAGGUAAUUUUAUUCUUUUGGAGCCAAGCCAUCAAUGGUUUUGAGAACAAUUACACAGAAUGGUAUGAAGUAUAAAAAACUGGACUCAGACUGUAGAGUCAUGCAGCCCAGCAGUCACAAUCAUGUUUUACACAGAAUGAAGAUUUUCAUUUUGUCUCAUAGUGGUGAUUGAGGAGACAAAUAAGGAAUACAGUUUCAGGCAUAGUAAACAUAAACAAAUGGGAUUAUUUACUUUAUCAUCCUUUAUUUGUCCUCAGAAUGCAUUUUGUGGUGCACUAAAUGUUGAUAAUGACUGCAACAUUAUAAUAAUAAUACUAUUAAUAAUCUCCUAUAUACACAUAUCUCUUUAAUAGUUGUGGAAAUAAGAACACAAUUUUCAUGAAUUAAAGAUUAAAGACUGAACUUCUGUCUUUUUUAGAAACCAAUAAUAUUCGAUUACUUCGGUAUAUUACAGUGUAUUUCUUUAUAAAUCCGGGAGUUUUGAGCUUAUUGUCAAGUUUUAAUCAUGUCUUUAAGUCAGAAGAAUUUAGCUCUAUACACAUGAAUAGGGACCAAAUAUGUACAUUUGCUGCAGGUUUACAAUGUUUUAUUAAAAAUAAAAAAAAAAUAAAAACAGAAAGAAAGAAAGAAAUUAAGUCUUGUUGAUCUGUAUGGAUUUUUAUCUGGUAUAAAUGUGCCAUUUUUCUUGUUAUAAGAGAAAUAAUUAUUGUUAUAGCUGUUGUUAAUAAAAAAUUUAAAACAAA